CCGAAACAGCCGUUAGACAAACGAACCUGUUUAAUGAUGGCUGCUUUCUUAUAGUUUCCUCGUGUUUGUGACGGCCCUUCUGCUAGCGGCCCGAGUCAUCCCUGAGGCGGGAGUCACUAACUUACGGAUGAAAGUUGGCAAAUCUCUUCGACCCAGCAGUGCUUUUCCAUUUUAUCAUCCGAUUCAGAUUCUUUGUUGUGAAAGGGAAACUUUUUUCGGCUGACCAUAUCCGUGACAUACAUUCUGCUGGGGUUACUGGCGUUCUGCAGGAGUCGCCGUCGCCAGAGAGGGCGCAGUCUACUCCUAAGCCUCCUGGGAAAGGUAACUUUCGGUUUUCCCUCUUAUUUUGUGCAUCUUGCUGUCUGUCUAUCUUCAGUUGCCUGCCUACAGCCACACCGUGGGACUCGUGGCACUCUAAGGAAAAGUUUUUCUCUGUUCGCACCGAGGAAAAUGGAGAGCGCGGGAUCGCCAGCUGCAAGGUCCACCGGAUCUCGACGACCUGCCUUUCAAGCUCCGUGUCCUUCCGGCGUCCCCCCGCCGCAAAUAUUUUUACCUGCGGGAAGCAUCUGCGCAAGAAACGACCCAAAUGGGGAUGGCGCGAGUUCUUCACCACAUCAGUCGUCUUCCGGCACCAGCUCAGUGGCUGCGAGUUCCUCAGUCUCUUCGUCUUCGCCCUCCUCGUCAAGCUGUCACUCUUCUCUGUCUUCUUCCAACUCUCCCUCUGCCUCGUCUCACUCGUCUCCCCAGUCGAGUUUGUCGCCGACUUCUCCGAAUGCAACCUUCACUCUGGCGCCCUCCGCUUCGCUCCCAAGCGGGUCGUCUCCCUUCGCAAAAAUGGUUCAACCAGACUCCGCCCCCAACACGAAUGCGAGCCCCUUGAGUCCACUUCAUUCGCCUGGGCCUCGGCACUUGGACAGCCACAUGCGCACCUCUGUCGAAACUGGGGCGCACCCGUUGCCGACGAAGGCUUCUUCGACUUCACUCGCUGCCGUUUCCGCGUUCUCGUCGGGACCGCAGUCAACCCAGGGGGACGCGGACAGCUUUGGUGUAGAUCCAGACAAUGCCGAGACUUUCGGGGUCUCCGGCACCCAGCCAAAAAGCGAACACGUGCCGCAGGCGCGCGCCUCCACCGGCGAAGGGAGGGCAAAAUCUGUGGCGGACAGCAGCGCAUGCAGCGCUUCAGAAGACGCCGGGAACGACCGAGGUAGCUGUGCCGCGAGGCGGAACAAGAGAGCGCCAGAGAACCCUCCAGCUUCAGCGCCGGCCGCUAAAUCUUUUAUCUCAGAAAAUGGGUCACGGCUGUCCUCGGGAGGGGAACUUUUGGGUCAGGGUCCUGGUUCCGGCUCUGGGUCUCCCGACAUCGAUGCAGAUCUCACAAUCGCUUCAGAGCGUCUGGAUGGAGGCCGAACGCGCCUGUGCGACUCACUGGCCGCCGAGCUCGCGCAACAGUUGGAAAUGGUUGUUGAAGACACACCGGGACUUUUGGCAACUGUGAGUCAAAACGGCAAGCACAGCAGGGACAGUCUGCCCCUUGAACUUGAAAUUGAAGGGCGUCUAGGUGUUCUCGUCGACCUUGAUACAGGUUCCCGCCUUCGCCUGCCGUUGUCGUCUCUCACACUCCUCAGUUCGAGCUUUUGCGCUGGAGCCGCCGGACCCGGUGGGGGUCCCCCUGCCUCUGCGGGUCUCCGCUUUGAGGCCGGUGUAAAUCAGAAUCAAUUCGCGUCUCUUCAUGAGUUCAUUACGGCGACGGUUGUUGGACAACCCACUUCGGGACCGAUUCCGUCGGGAGGUGUACAUACACCAGGAGGACCUGGUGUCCCAGGACACCUCGUCGACGGCCAGAAACGGGGGUGCGAUCAGCGACUGCCUUCGCCCUUGGGAGGUGCAGUGCCGUUCGUGAGUGGAGCGACCGAGGCUGAAGAAGAAGGAGAUCUGUUUAGCGACUGGGAGUCACUGAUUGAUGAAUCAAGUGACAAUGAGGACGAAUACAACGAAACCAAGCCAUCGCGUGCCCUCAAGACGCGGCGCAGGAAAGGGCGCCGUGGGCAGCCUGAAUGGUGUCCCCACUCUGUCGCAGCGGAGCCACAUGAGACAGCUUCGUGGAAGCCUUUACCAGUCGAAACUACCGAGGAAGAGUACCAUAAUCUGUCAUGCCUGACAGACACGGCAAUUCGUGUGUCCUAUCCGCAUCCGAAGCCAACUACGGGGAACCUUCUUCCCACCGCUGCAGUGUGGAAAAGCAAUCAGAUGACGUGGAACCUUUAUGCCGGCCAGGACAGUGAACAGGAAUGGGCUGAUGACGCUCGAGCAGCGGGAACAGAUGACGGCGUGGCUUGGGGCGAAGGAGAGCAUCGCCGCUGUCGAGUCGACUGUCGGCUGGCCAUCAAUCUCGAGCACCACGCCUCCCUGAGAGACGUCGCCCGUGACUUGGAGCGGAAAGCCAAGAUUGGAAGCCGCCACAUGGGUCAGACCCAGCAAGGCCCUAUUAUGCGGAGAAUCAAGAAACGACAGAGUUUCGUACACCCCUGUGGAGUGCGCAUAGAUCUCACGGAAGUCUGCAUCGACAUGGGAGGAGGUGGAAGGGGAUCCGGAGGAAAAGGGAGACAACGCGUUUCUUACGAAGUCGAAACUGAGCUGAAUGCCACACUCGUCCUUCAGGCAAUUCAGUACAAGCAGGCGACUGGUGACAACUUGCCGCUGCUUUCUCUCUGCGUGUCUUUUCUGACCGUUCUGGAGGACCUGUCUGUCCACCUCAACGCAGUGCUGAUGGCUUCCUCGUCCACGUCGGGAAUCCUCCCCCACUCCGCAGCUUCCGGUUUCUCAGGAGCAGCCGUGUUAGCAGAUGGCCUCGACAGUAGUGAACCACGUUUCGCAGACUUGUCUCGCUGUUUCCCUCCGUCUCCUUCGGUUGCGUUGUUCAAAAGAUACCUGUCGCCGUGUUUGCCACUUGUAGGGGACUACGGAUUCCGAGCCGUUGCCCCCGCGCUUGCGCGGAAGGGCGAAGAAGAGCUGGAGGACUACCUUUCCAAAAUAAAUGUCGAUGAGCAGUCUCUCUACACAAAUGACACAGUGACAAUCGUCGGUCCGUGGGUGCCCUGUCUGAACGAGGAAGGCCGCUUGGAAUUUGCUGUUCCGGUGGCUAGGCCGAAUGUCAGCGUGGAUGAUCACAGCGACAAGAUGGCGAGUUUGGUGGUGUCUGGAAGCUUUGCCUGAGGCUCUCGAUGAGUUCCACCGAAUGAACACAACACUCGACAGCAUCGGCAGCAUCGCCUCGUUGUCGCGGCUUAGCCACUAAUCCGCAUAUGUCAGCGGCGUGUCCGGCAGUCCACCAGUGCACCUUCUGGAGGUUUGUUUUAUAUGCGUGCUCGGGUCGCCCAAUGUCUACUCACAAACGUUACUGGAAAAAACGAUGGCUCCGCGUCUUCAGGCGAAAUGCGGCUCUGAGCCAGUGCACUUCUCAGCUUGCGAGAAUGUGACGCACAGUCAAACGAAACACUCAGCGUUCUGCUCUGUUACGGACAGUCAAGGUCAGUUCGUGAACCAGAUUUGGAGGGUGGUGUGCCAGAUGGCGGCGCAUGUGUGUGGAACUCGAUGGCGAACGGCCGCGUAUUUUUAAGCCUGUGUGCCUAACAUGACGGUGAACUGGCAAAGUAGCUUUCGUUUCAAAAUCCUGUUUUCAGCAAUGAGAACUAUAAUUGCAAGCCAUAAUCACCAUUGUCGUUGCUUCUGUAACAACAGUCUUUUUUAUGGAUCAUCCGCUCGUCUGUUACCUCAAGCCAAACCGUCGAGGGCCGUGCGUUCACUUUGGAUCGAUGAGCGACUAUACUGAGGUGCAGCCGUCCGCAUAAACAUCCGAGUGAGUAGUCAGGUUAAUUACCGCUAUCCACAGAAGAAUCUGAGUUUGUCCGGAGAAAAACACAAGCGAAUAGCAGCCACCUUGGAUACAGCUCUCUAAAGAAGGCAGACACUCGGGCACUUGUCCACAGAGUCCCCCUCGAAACAGAUCGGGCGUCCACACCGCAUGUGAUGGCUCGAAUUUCACAAAUGAGCGGCUUGAUGAAUAUGCUCGUUGCCAAGUAAACUGAAAUGAAACGAGAUUUAGAAAACGCUCUCUUUUCCGGCGCCACACCUCAGCCAUCAUUACCGAUGGAGACGGGAUGCGACACAGUGCCCAGAUGAUACGCGAUGCAGAAGAAAUAAAGUUCAACAAUCUUCGGCCAGCCCAUAAUGGAUAAGCGUCUGUUAAAGCACAUGUAGACCACACAGAUGCAGCGAAUGUACGAGUGAAAAACUAAAAACUGCAUGACUCUAGGUUGAGAUUCGAGCAGCGGGUGGGACUCGGUGUCGUCUGAUGACGGACGUGUAAUGUCCGCUUCUUCUCUUUUUUGACACAGAACUGCGAAAGCGUACGCGGCCAUUCACGUAGACGGUGUUUGAAAUAGCCAUUUCACUUUCUCGCAGCCUCCCUCUGUUGCUCCCGGAUAGUUAAGGGAGACGCGUCUCUCAUCCUUUGCAUCCG